AUGGCACUCAAGUCGGUCUGGCGGGAGGCUGCGCGGCACAAGAAGAGCGGCGGGAGUGGCAGCGGGGACGGACACCGGAGGAUUUGGUUCGAGCGCGACGUGCUCCUGGCCCUGCGCCACCCGCUGCUCCCCGCCCUCCACGACGUCCUCGCCACCGACGCCGUCGUCGGCUUCGCCAUCGACCGCUGCGGCGGCGACGACCUCAACUCCCUCCGACGCCGCCAGACCGAGAAGAUGUUCUCCGACUCCGUCAUACGCACCGUCUUCUUCUUCGCGGAGCUGGCGCUGCUGCAGUACGGUCUAGUGCAGUCCAAGCCCUCCAUGGUCGCCGCGACUGUUGUCUACGCGGCCAGGCUCCCCCUAAAGAAGACUCCUCUGUGGACCGACACUCUGAAGCACCACACUGGCUUGACUGAAGCACAACUGAUGGACGCGGCCAAGAUCCUGGUGGCCUCGCACUCCACCGCGCCUGACAGCAAGCUGAAGGUCUUCUACAAGAAGUACUUGAGCGAUAAGCUGGGAGGAGUCGCCCUUCCAGAUUAG